AUGAUCCAGGAUUAUGAAAAUGGAAUCGCACCAAAUCCCGAUGUUAUAUGUAAUCUCGAAAUCAAAUUUGGAUGGUUUUUAAAUAAAUGUUUAGAAUCUUUUAAUGGCAAAGAUAAUGAGAUUACUUGGAUUGCUUCAGGACAUUACGUUCAAAUUGAACAUAAAGAUUCUGGACAAGAUAAAUUAAUGCGAGUCGCUGAAGAAAAACUCAAAGGAUCUGAUGAAAGGUAUACAAUGAAAUUUAAUACGCCUAAAAGUGCAAUUGCACCUGGUCAGAACGUCGUUGUAUGGGAUGGUAAUUGGUGUAUUGGAAGUGGAAUUAUUGAAAAUUCAUUAGCGCAAUAA